CCACGUGUGUGCACCUAUAAAUAGAAUAAUAACCUACGAGUCUCCGAAGUAGUCCAGUGUUUGAUGCCAUGGAGAAACUCAGAAUUGGUGGAACAUGGGUUGGAGUUUUAGAUGUUGAACUUGACAACUGGAACAUUCCCAUGCUCCGUGAUGAAGUUGCAAAGCGAUCAAAUUGCAACCCUCACUCCAUCAACCUCAUCUGCGCCGGCAGAAUCCUCAAGGAUCCUGAUGACCCCACCCACAAUUUGACUCAAUUGGGUAUCAAGAACAACGCUAAGAUUCUAUCCACUCGUAUCUCUGUUGAAGAAGGACAAUCCAUCAAGAAUCAAAUCAUGGCCGAAGAGGAACGCUCUCGCAGGCUUUCCAGGCUCAAGGCUGCUGCUACUGCACUUGCUGGAAGGCAUGCUGAUGGAUCAUUACCUGUUGAAGACUUCAACAUUGAAGUUGAAGAUCAAAGUGGAAAGAAAGUGCAACUUGGUUCUGAGACUGAUCAGAGGGCUGUGAUGAUGGGACUAAUGCUUGAUGCAAAUGGAAAGCGCCUUAUUAGACAAGGAAACUACAAAGAUGCACUUGAAGUUCUCUCUAUGGGAGAGGAAGCAUUUUCUCUCUGUGAUUCAAAAGUCCUUGAGCUUAUUGAUAAUGUACCCAUUCUGCAAAUAAACAUGGUGUGGUGUUACUUUAUGCUGCGCGACGUAAGUUCGCUUUCGGAAGCAGGAAAGCGACUCGAAAUGGCUAGAGAGGGACUAGAGCGUGCUCAUGGCAAGAACUUGCUCCGCCUCAGGCUCUUGCAGGGUGGUCGCUUUCCAGAACUUGCAUUGCAUUUGAGAUUGGAGCUUCUUGAGGGAGUGGUGGCUUAUCAUAGUGGACAGUUUGAGAAAGCAAGAGUAGCAUUGACUUCUGCAAAAGCAAAAUUUGCUCGGCUACAAGUGUCUGAUGAAACUUUAUCAGCUGUUAUGCAAAUGGGCUUCAAAGAGGUUAAUGCGAAGCGAGCAUUGCGAAUGACCAAUCAAGAUGUUGGGGGAGCCAUUGAUCUUCUUCUUGAGGAGAAGGCCAAGAAGAGGCAAAAGCAGAUGGAAGAUAUCCAAAGAAGGAACGAGAUUUGGGAACAAAAGCAGUAUGGGGUGACUCCUCUGAAGAAGCCUGUUGAUCUUCCAAGAUUGGAUGAAUUAGUCUCUAUUGGGUUUGAGAGGGAGCUUGCAGCUGAAGCACUUAGAAGAAAUGAGAAUGACAGUGACAAAGCAUUAGAUGAUCUCACAAAACCUGAGACCAAUUCUAAUUUACAGGAUUAUAUUGAGUCAAAGAAAAGAAAAAAACAAAAACAGGACACCAAUUCUGAAAUUGAGAGAUAUGUGCAGAUGGGAUUUGAGAGAUCAAGAGUGGUUGCUGCUGUUGAGGGUGGUGGGACCCCAGAUGAAAUCAUGCAAAGACUGAUGAUGCCACAAUCUGAGGCAGCAGCAAACUCAUCAGCAUCAGCAUCACACAAUGUUGCUGGUUCUGAUGUUGAGAACCAAGAUGUGAAUAAAAAUAAUGAUGGUGGUGAAGGUGAAGGUGAAGGUGCAUCAUCAUCAUCAUCAUCAGAUUCAGAGAGAGAUGUGGAGAUGGAAGAUGAGAUAUCUGCAGACAUAGCAAGCUCAGAUGCAUUGGCUGACUAUGACAUUGAAGUCAACAUUGAAGGAGAAGCCAUCACUCAGUACCUUGCUAUGUUGGACUCUGCUCCUCCUCAGUAGCAACAAACUGAUUAUAUACAAUAAUAAUAAAUCAAGAUCAGUUUAUGUCAGUAGCAGGAUGAUGUUAAUAUACAUUUUUUCUUGUUAUUUUUUGUUUUGGGUAUUAAUCAUAUUAUUGUUCAGCAUAAACAAUUGAUGAAUAUGAUUCCUUUUUCAUAACAAUUAGUUAUGUUCCAAACUCCAAAGUGUAUUGAAUAUACAGCUUGGUAUUCAU